CAUUUUAUUUUUAUUUUUUCACCGCCCCCGAAAAAUCAAGAAAAUCACGGAAAAAUCCAAAAUCCCACACGAUUUCCCCCAAUUCCCGAUCGCUCGUGACAGCGGCGUCGGCGAUGAUGGCGAAACCCUAAUCAUCGUCGGGGAAAGAGAAGGAUCUGAUCGGUUUCAUCUGCAAGGUUGUCUCCGAUCUGGUUUUUGGUCAGGAUUUUUAUAGGUUUGGAGGGGUUAUUGAGGGAAAGAAGAACGAUUUGGGGGUGAAUCUAGGGAUUUUUCUUGUUGAUUGGGUGGAUGAUGGCGGGUUGAGGCCCAGAGGAUGAUCGGAUCGCCGGAUUGCAUGGGCGAAGAAGUAUGCCGGAGUUGCGGAGCGGGGCGCGUCGCGGAGGCCGUGCUCCUCCGCCGCAGCCGGAGGUAGGACCGCCGACGAGGAAACGAGGCCGGGGGGCUGGGAAGAAGCCCUCCUCGGCAGCGCCGAAGAGAGGUAGGGCAGCCGCGGCUGCUGCGAAGAGGGGUAGACCGGCGGCGGAAGGGAGGCCGAGGACUAGGUCGGCAGCUGCUGCUGCAGCGGCGGCGAGGUUGGUACUAAUUGGGGAGGAGGAAGGUGAGGGUGAGGGUAGGGUUUCAGACCAGGUUAAGGAGGUUUUGGUUGUAGGAGAGGAAGAGAAGAAGAAGGAGAUGAUGGGGGAGGAUAGCGGAGGGUUAAGCGCGAACAAGGUCGCUGGGCAAGAGGAGGAGGGGAACACUGCUCCCUUCCCCGAAAGGGUCCAGGUUGGGGGCUCUCCUGUCUAUAAAGUUGAAAGGAAGUUAGGCAAAGGUGGAUUUGGUCAGGUUUUUGUUGGUCGGCGUGUUUCAGGAGGCAAUGAGCGUAUGACUGGUCCUGCUGCUCUGGAGCAGGUUGCCCUAAAAUUUGAGCAUAGGAGCAGCAAAGGCUGUAAUUAUGGUCCUCCGUACGAGUGGCAAGUUUACACUGCUCUUGGGGGUAGUCAUGGAGUGCCUAGGGUGCAUUAUAAAGGACGACAGGGUGACUAUUAUAUAAUGGUCAUGGACAUGCUAGGUCCCAGUUUGUGGGAUGCAUGGAAUUCAUCAGGUCAAGCGAUGCCUGCUGAUAUGGUAUCUUGCAUUGCGGUUGAAUCCAUUUCAAUCCUUGAAAAGAUGCAUUCAAAAGGCUAUGUCCAUGGAGAUGUGAAGCCCGAGAACUUCCUCCUUGGUCAGCCAGCAACAGCUCAAGAGAAGAAGUUAUUCCUUGUAGACCUUGGACUAGCAACAAAAUGGAGAGAUUCUGCUAAUGGCCAGCAUGUUGAGUAUGAUCAGCGGCCAGAUGUUUUCAGAGGAACGGUUCGCUAUGCAAGUGUUCAUGCACAUUUAGGAAGAACAGCAAGUAGAAGAGAUGAUUUAGAAUCUCUUGCAUAUACACUAAUUUUUCUUCAUCGAGGCCGAUUACCAUGGCAGGGCUAUCAGGUAAGCCUGGCAGCAUGCUCUUUUUUCUUGCCUUGGCCCUUUGUUUAUAUGUCUUCUGACUGUUUCUAUGGAUCUUCAUCUCAGGGUGACAAUAAAUCAUUUCAAGUUUGCAAGAAAAAAAUGGCGACAUCCCCUGAAAUGCUUUGUUGCUUCUGUCCUCCUCCUUUUAAGCAAUUUCUUGAGGUUGUGGUUAACAUGAAGUUUGAUGAGGAGCCCAACUACUCUAAACUGAUAUCCCUCUUUGAGGGGUUAAUUGGGCCAAAUCCAGCUAUUAGGCCAAUCAAUACGGAUGGAGCUCAGAAGAUUAUAUAUCAAGUUGGGCAAAAGAGAGGUAGGUUGCCAGUUGAUGAAGAUGAAGAUGGUCAGCUAAAGAAGAAAGUUCGUCUUGGAGUUCCUGCUACCCAGUGGAUUUCUGUAUACAAUGCCAGGCCACCAAUGAAACAGAGAUACCAUUAUAAUGUGGCUGAUGCACGGUUGGCACAACAUGUUGAAAGAGGAAAUGAAGAUGGUCUGCUUAUUAGCUGUGUUGCAUCUUGUUCCAAUUUAUGGGCACUUAUUAUGGAUGCGGGGACAGGCUUCACAUCCCAGGUUUAUGAACUGACAGCAACCUUCCUUCACAAGGAGUGGAUUAUGGAGCAGUGGGAGAAGAACUACUACAUUAGCUCUAUUGCUGGUGCCAACAAUGGAAGCUCUCUUGUGGUGAUGUCAAAAGGCACCCAAUAUACUCAACAAUCUUACAAAGUUAGUGAUUCUUUUCCUUUCAAAUGGAUCAACAAAAAGUGGAGGGAAGGAUUUUAUGUUACAUCAAUGGCAACUUCUGGAAGCCGUUGGGGCAUUGUGAUGUCACGUAAUGCAGGCUUUAAUGAUCAGGUAGUGGAAUUAGACUUCCUUUAUCCAAGCGAAGGCAUCCAUAGGCGCUGGGACAAUGGGUACCGGAUCACAUCCAUGGCUGCAACUUGGGACCAGGCAGCUCUGAUCCUUAGCGUGCCCAAACGCAAGCCUGGGGAUGAAACUCAGGAGACCCUCAGAACCUCGGCUUUUCCAAGUGCUCAUGUUAAGGACAAAUGGGCUAAGAACCUGUACCUCGCAUCAGUGUGCUAUGGUCGUACUGUAUCUUGAUAUAUAUUUAAUUGGCUAAAACCUUCAUCAAGGCCUGACAGCAGGUUUUCUCCUGUUGCUUCUCAAGUUAUCUUGUACAUGGAGCAAUGCUUGAAAAACUGGGAAUGGAAAGCCAGAGGCAGGCAGGCUGUUUUAAUCUUAUUUGAUGCCCUGCUUUGUAUAUUUUGGGUCUGCUGAGACGACUGAUAUUUGUGCUCCCCCUUUUAUGUUGACAAAAUACUUUGAAUUACCAUCUCAUAUAUCCAGUUCUGGUGGCCAGCCAAAUUAAAGAACAGCUCACCUUAUACUGA